AUGGAUGCCCUUCCAGUAGACACGUCCCAUCCCGCAGUCCGCGAAUACCUUUCGUUGGUAAGGCUGCAAGUUCUUACACCACUUUCGCUCCUCAUCAACAUUGCAACAAUCGCGGUGUGUGCCUCCGUCGUGAACCCAUCCAUAGGGGGGGUCUCUAAACUUCAUCCUACAUCCAUUUCCCCGAACCCUGCUGUAAUUGCUGUGUAUUUGGGAGUUAUCUUCGUUGGACAAAUUGGAUACUGCCUCCUCCUUGUCGUCGCAAACAAGGCAGAGACCAAGAAUGCUCUUGUUAAGGGUGUUGGACUUUCGCUUGUAUUUGCAAACAUAGUUAUGGCUCUAUGGGCCAUUGCAUGGGUUAUGCAAUGGUUUCUUUUCGCAACGAUUUUACAAGGCAUUCUCGUCCUCCUUUUGCUCUACUCGAACAUCGCGCUGCUGGUGUAUCAUCCGCCAGUGUCUUCCCGUCCAUUGGACACCGCUCUUAUCCAUGCGCCGCUGCGCUUCUUUCUUAUCUUGCCCCUAUUCAUUCUGUUUCCUCUUUGUCUUUUGUUAUGUAGCGUCACUCUGGGCCUGUCGUUCACCCCAACAGUGCCGGGAUCACCGAGAGACUACUCGAAAUGGCACGCUUGGACUGGAUUUGGCGUAGUACUCGGAACAAAUCUUCUGGGUUUAAUCGCAGUACUCCUACGUCGGGAUAUUGUAUGUUGUGUUGCCGCGACUUGGGUUUGUGUGAGUAUAUGGAGCUACCGACCCAAGCCCUCCCCUGUCUAUAUCACGGUCAUUAUCUUUACUGUGCUAUUCCCGCUCGCACUCAUCACCUCGUUCAUCCACUCGAGAUAUUACGGACAAGGACGCAUUAUUCUUCCACCUGGGGAUGCGCACUCCGGACUUCACGCACAUCCCAACGGUGCGGACAGGACUCAGGCGGAAUAUGACGCUGAUUCGGAUAGAGUGGCCAGAGAAAUUGAUGGUGAUUGGGCCUAA